AUGUCUGUCAACGCCGGUCCCGUCCCUCGGUCCGCCCCGAUCAUGCUCACGAGCUCCUCCGUGCCCACCCCCGAUCCAUCACUCUGGGACCGGAUAUCAACAUGGGCAUCAGAACACAAGGCUGUGGUCUACACAAUAGCAGGUGUGACUGUGGUAGCGACCGCUGCGGGCGCCAUAUACUACUUCUCGGACUCGGGCAAAGCUACGCAGGAGCCAGCGGGGGGUGCGGCGGCGUCGAAGAAGAAGAGCAAGAAGGACAGGCGGAAAGCUAAGAAGGAGGCCGAAGAAGCGGCAAAGAAGGAGCCGGAGCCGCAGCCUGAGCCGAAGAAAGCUACCGUCACGGCUGAGAGCGAAGAUGAGCUUCCCCAGGUGGACGAGAGCAUCGUUGCCAGCUUGUCAGAGCAGGAGCGGAAGGAUUAUGCGGCAAAGCUCAAGGCGGCGGGCAACAAGGCCUAUGGCUCGAAGGACUACAACAAGGCGAUUGAGCUGUACGGCAAGGCUAUCCUAUGCAAACAGGAUCCGGUCUUCUACUCUAACCGCGCCGCUUGCUGGAAUGCCAUGUCCAACUGGGACAAGGUCAUCGAAGACACAACUGCCGCCAUCAAUCUGGAUAACGAGUACGUGAAGGCUCUCAACCGGAGGGCAAACGCAUACGAGCAGGUGGAGAGGUACAGCGAGGCGCUUCUAGACUACACGGCCAGUUGCAUAAUCGAUGCCUUCCGCAACGAAUCAAGCGCACAGAGCGUGGAGCGGCUGCUGAAGAAGGUGGCAGAGGCUAAGGGCAAAGCUAUCCUGGCUGGCAAGGAGAAGAAGCUACCCAGCCCAACAUUCGUUACGAACUACCUGCAGAGCUUCCGACCCAAGCCCCCACCAGCAGGUUUGGAAGAGGACGCGGAGCUCGAUGAGGAGUCAGGCAAGGGUCAGCUGAAAAAGGGUCUCAUCGCUAUGAGCAGGAAGUCUGGCGACGGGUAUAAUGAAGCGGCAGAGGCAUUCGAGAAAGCAAUUGAGCUUGAUGACCUCGGCGAGCACGAGGCCUUCGCGUACAACAUGCGCGGAACGUUUAGAUAUCUCAAGGGCGACAACCAGGAAGCGCUGGAUGACCUGACUAAGAGCGUGGAGCUACAACCUUCGCUAACACAGAGCUUCAUCAAGCGGGCAAGCAUGCAUCUGGAGCAAGGCAAGUACCAACCGACACCUACCGACCACCGCUUCUAA